AUGGCCUCAGAAAAUCCCAUCCAGAUCGAAUAUCGUGGCAAAACAGCAAUCAUCACGCUCAAUGCUCCCAAAAAGCUCAACGCUCUCGGCGCAAACGACUACUACCAGCUUGCCUCUGCUAUGAACGAGGUCGCAGCCCGCGACGACAUCUGUAUAACCAUCCUGACUGGUAAAGGCCGCUUCUUCAGCGCAGGCGCAGAUGUGGCCUUUGGCUCGCAAACAGACGAUUCAGCACUAGAUGAGCAACACAUGUAUCUCCGAAGUUUUGUCGCGAACAACCUCUUUAUAACCCACGCCUUCUACGCCCACCCCAAAAUCCUCAUUACCGCCCUCAACGGCCCCGCCGUCGGUCUCUCCGCCGCCCUAAUCAGCUUCUCAGACUUCAUCUACAGCGCUCCACACUCCUUCCUCCUCACACCCUUCUCCUCCCUCGGCCUCGUAACAGAAGGCAAUGCCUCCAUUGGCUUCGUGCGGCGCCUGGGUCUCGCAAAAGCGAACGAAGCCCUGAUAAUGAGCAAGCGCAUUACCAAUGAUGAGCUGCUGGCCACAGGCUUCGUGACCAAGACGUUCGAUGCGGGAAAUGUGAAGGACGAAGGAUACAGCGAUAGGUUUCUGGGACAGGUGCUGGGAGAGGUGGAGGAGAGACUGGGGGAUCACUUGAACAGGGAGAGUCUGGUGCAGAUUAAGGCGUUGAUCCAGAAGCCGAUGCGGGAGGCGCUGGAUAAGCAGGGGGUUGAGGAGGUGAUGGGUGGGUUGAAGAGGUUUUUGAAGGGGGUGCCGCAGGAGGAGUUUAGGAAGUUGGCGAAGGGGGAGAAGAAGCACAAGCUAUAA